UUUUUGACCAUUUGUCCUUUUUUGGGGUGUUAGACGUUUUGUACCUUUUUUAGCCUAUCGAUCUUUUAAAUCAUCGACAUUUUGUCCAAAUUUUGCCGUUGCGGCCUUUUUAGCUUUGCUCCCAUUUUUGUGUGUUACUGCUUUUAUUGACACGUGUAAUUCAUUUUUACGGGUUUUCCUUGCCGCAUUUUUAAUUUUUUACUUGAAUUUACACGUUUUUAAAUAUAUUUUUUUAUAUUUUAAAUUUUAAUCCUUUGCCACGAUUUUUUUUAUUCUUUUUAAAUUUCUUGUUUAUUAAAUCAGCCACAAAACCUUUUCAUUUAAUCAUUAUUUUUUUUCUUAAACAUUUUAUUUUUCCUUCAAUUAACUAGAAAGAGGAGAUUUUUUAAUUUAAUUCUUGUUAAUCCUCUCCCAUUAGAAAUCUAUUAACGAUCGAAAAUGUUUAGCUUGUGUUAUAGUAUUUAUUUUCUAAAGUUGUUUGAUGGGUUGUGUGGUCUAGUUGGUAGUGAUUUUGUCUCACUAGGUGCGGGGUCGAGGGUUCGAAGCCUUUUGCUAUCAAUUUUUUUAUUUUGAUUAUAAAGAGUUUGACAGGUUUACUAAUUAAUUUAAAUUGAAAUUUCAUUAAUUUUUUAAUUUUUUUACCUCGGUUUCGUUUAUUUUUCUUGCUAAUUUUAAUUCUUUUUUUAGUUAUUUUUAGACAAUUAAAUUAUUUUUUAAAUUCAUUUAAAAUGAAAGCUCUUAUUCUUGUUGGUGGCUAUGGAACUCGUCUUCGACCUCUUACUUUGACACAACCCAAACCUUUGGUUGAAUUUGCUAAUAAACCGAUGGUUUCUCAUCAAAUCGAAGCACUUGCCGCUGCAGGCGUUGACACAGUUAUUUUGGCAGUUACUGCUCGGAUUGAAAAUUUGUUGAGUGCUGAAAUGCAGAAAGAAGAGCAACGCGUUGGGGUUAAGAUAAUCUUCUCUGUUGAAGAAGAGCCAAUGGGAACUGCUGGACCUCUUGCUUUGGCCGCUAAUUUAUUAAAAGAAAGUGACGAGCCUUUUUUUGUAUUAAAUUCUGACGUUAUUUGUUGUUUUCCUUUUAAUGAAAUGAUGGAAUUUCACAAAAAACAUGGACAAUGUGGAACUAUUGCUGUUACUAAAGUAGAAGAACCCAGCAAAUAUGGUGUCGUUGUUUUUGACGAGGAAAAGACUGGGAAAGUUGAUUCUUUUGUUGAAAAACCACAAGAAUUUGUUGGAAAUAAGAUCAAUGCCGGUCUCUACGUUUUAAAUCCUUCAGUAUUGGAUACAAUUCCCUGUGCGCCUUGUUCUAUUGAAAAAGAAAUUUUUCCAAAAAUGGCAGAUAAUGGAAUUUUGCAUGCUUAUGUUUUGAAAGGUUUUUGGAUGGAUGUUGGACAACCUAAAGAUUUUUUGGAAGGUGUUCGUCUCUAUUUAAAACACAUUGCUGGUACUGACACUGCAAAAAUUCCUGAACAUCUUUUAAUUAAUGGGAAUGAUGAUGGAAAACGUUUAACUGGACUUCAUUUAGUUGCUCCAGUUUUAAUUGAUCCGUCUGCACAGAUUUCUUCGGAUUGUUGUAUCGGCCCAAAUGUAUGUAUUGGUGCAAGUGUAAAAAUAGAAGAAGGUGUUCGUCUUGUUGACUCUUCAAUACUUCCAGACACUACAAUUCAUGCUCACAGCUUUAUUUCUAAUAGUAUUGUUGGAAGAAAAUGUGUUGUAGGUAAAUGGGUCCGUAUAGAAAAUACCAGCAUUAUUGGUGAAGAUGUGGUUGUUAAGGAUGAACUUUAUUUGAAUGGUGCUUGUGUUCUUCCACACAAAUCAAUUGCUGCAAGUGUGCCAAAUCCGACAAUUAUUAUGUAAAAAAGAUUGACAAAAAGUGCUUUGUUUUGUGGUUUCUUUUAUGGUUUAUUUUUUAAAAUGUUAAAAUAAGGGAAAUUGGUGGGAGGGAGGGAGAUUGUUCACAAAUGGAAGGGAGAGGUCUUUUCCCAAAGGGGUUUUUGUUUUAAAUCGCGUCUCUUCCCAAUUUCUCGGGGGGUUUUUUUUCAAAAUCAGUUUAAAUUUUAUAUAAAAAUGGUCUAAAAAGAAAUUGGGGUUAAAUAGGGCUUUUCCCCCAGUAUUUUUUGGGAAAUCGUUCGUGAACAAUCCCUCUCUUGCGCAAAUUUUGAGAGACAAAUUUUUUAAAUUAUUUCAAGACCAACGUGAUUCUAAUUUCUUUU